AUGUCGGCGUCUUCUAAAAAACCAAACUUUCUCAUCAUCCUCGCGGAUGACCUCGGCUUUAGUGAUACAGCUCCCUAUGGAGGCGAAAUAGCAACGCCCAAUCUCCAAAAAUUGGCAUCUGAAGGUCUUUGUAUGACCGAUUUCCAUACAGCGGCAUCAUGUUCUCCGACUCGGGCAAUGUUGCUUUCAGGAACAGAUGCCCACAUUGCUGGUCUCGGAGCGAUGCAAGAGAGGAUGAGGAAAUUUCCAGAGAUUUUCAAAGAUAGACCUGGUUAUGAAGGGUAUUUGAAUUUCAGAGUUGCGGCGCUUCCGGAGAUAUUGCAGGAUAAUGGAUAUUUGACGAUGAUGUCUGGGAAAUGGCAUCUAGGUUUAACGAAAGAAGUUGCACCAUGCUCAAGAGGUUUUACCAAAGUCUUUUCGACUCUACCAGGUGCCGGCAAUCAUUACAACCACGAACCACAACUAUACGAGAAGCCCAAAGCCCUGUUCAAAGGAAACAAGGGACUCUGGAUGAAAGAUGACGAAUUUAUCGACGGCGAAACGGACCUACCCAAGGACUUUUAUUCUUCCAAUUUCUUUACCGACUCCCUUCUAUCGUUCCUCAAAAACCGGAAUGAUUCCCAAAAGGAGCAACCAUUCUUCUCCUAUUUAGCAUUUACUGCACCUCAUUGGCCGCUGCAGGCGCCGCCAGAAGUAGUUGAGAAAUAUAGAGGGUGGUAUGAUGAUGGUCCUUUGGCUUUACGGGAUCGUCGAUUGAAGAGUUUGAUCGAACGUGGUCUUGUGCCUGAGGAUGUGGAGCCUGCGCCCCUUCAUACAAUGAACACCACUCCCUGGACGGAGUUGAGCGAUGAGGAGAAGAAGAAAUCAUCGCGCGCCAUGGAAGUUUAUGCUGCAAUGGUGGAUUUGAUUGAUGUCAAUAUCGGUCGAGUGUAUGACUACCUUGAGUCUACAGGAGAGUUGGACAAUACAUUUAUUGUAUUCAUGUCCGACAACGGGGCAGAAGGUAACUUGCUAGAAGCCAUUCCGGUUCUCGCUGGCGCUACGCUUGACGAUGUUAUCAAAAAGUACUGCAAUAAUUCACUUGAGAAUAUUGGAAAUCAUGACUCUUUCGUCUGGUACGGACCCCAAUGGGCAUCGGCAUCCACGGCACCGUCCAGAGGCGCAAAAUCCUAUACUACCGAGGGAGGAAUCCGCUGCCCAUGCAUCGUACGCUAUCCGCCAACAAUGAAAUAUGCGCCGGGAGCAAUCAGUCACAACUUCACGACCGUCAUGGACAUACUACCAACAGUGCUCGACUUGGCAGGGUUAUCACCUCCAGGAAGCGUCUUCCGAGGUAGAGAUGUGGCACCCAUACGAGGCAAAAGCUGGAGACCACUACUAGAAGAUAAGAGUGCCGAUAUUGAGAUAUACAACUCAUCAACGGAUAUCGUGGGUUGGGAGCAAUUGGGCAUUGCAGCUGUCCGCGUUGGAAAAUGGAAAGGAGUAUACCUGCCUCCUCCUCGUGGGCCCGGUAAAUGGGAACUAUACGACAUUUCCAAGGAUAAAGGCGAAAUCCAUGAUUUGGCCGAUGCCUAUCCGGAUAAAAUGGCGGAGAUGAUUGCUCACUAUGAGACUUACUACCAGGAGUCUGGGUUGUUUGACUCGUAUGAGUUGUUUCAGAGCGCAUCUCGGAAAAUUGGUACUAAGAAGCUCGCCUGGUAG